AUGGCACCGGGCAUCGGCCUCCAUGUAGUCUACCACGUGCUGGCCUUGUGUUGGCCAGUUUUCGCUCAGCCUAUCUUGGCGGAGCCUUGGGUUGUGCCACAAGUGCCGUCAGAGCCGUCAGGCUACCAAGAGCAAGUGCCGAAGUCUCCCCCAACUGAAAACGCUGCAUGGGGGCCUUCGGAAGAGCAGCGAUGGCGGCAGCAGCAAACCGCCCUACAGUCGGGUCGGCGAUCGCUCUCCGAGCUUCAGCAGGUUCUUGGCGCGCCAGCGCCGCAGGACCCCUCCGUGGUCCGCGCGCUGUCGAUCGUCCACAGCCUGGCUGCGCAGCAGCGGUUUCGGCAGGCCAAGGCUGCAUUGGUAGCCGCAAGGCCUUUGCUGGAUGAAGCGGUGCUGCACCAGGAGGUGAACCUUCUGCGCUUCGAGAUGGGUGAGGCCCCACCUUUCUUGACCAACCGGGAAGCAGCUGACGACUGGCUCGCCGCUCGCGUUCCCCCGGAGGAAGCUCGAGCUACUGUUCGGCCUGACGGCACACUGCAGACGCAGACCAAGCUCACAUCCACCGGCAGGUUGAAGCAGAUGACUUCCGACCAGCUAGCAAUGGCCCUGGAUUUUGCGGACAGGCUUGGAGACUCCCGGAUGACGAGAAGACCCCUGCCUGACGAGCCCGUCUUUGCCCAUGUCUCUUCCGGCAGACGUCUCGAAGGCGAGAGCCCUCUGAGUCCACGCCGGCGAAGUCCGGUGCUGGCGGAGACGGGUUCUGAGGAGCCUUUGGCACGCAGCAACGCGGCCCGGGCCCCGAAGAGGCACCUCGUCCUCGUGCAGGUGCUGGCGCUCACGCUUGGCUGCUUCGUGCUUGUGAUCGCCUGCGGACGACUCCGUUAUGCGGGCUCUUUGGCACGGCCGAGCUGGAUGUCGAUCCCUGCAAGCCAAGCAGCCGAAGGCAGCGAUGGUACUGCCGCUUUGGCUCCCAGCAAGGACUGGAUCGAGGACGAGACGCUGAAGUUGCCCCUUCCCGAGAGCAACAGCGAUUCAGAAGUGAUGAAGGACUGGCACGACGAGGAGCUCAUGAAACCCGAAGAAGGGAGAGUCGUCGAGCAUGCGAUCUACACGCCCGAUGGCAGCCCUGUUCACAGAUUUGCACCUGUGGGCCUCUUGGUAACUCCAAUGCAGCUACCACAACUCUUCCAAGCCACCGGCGUGCAGCUGCCAAAUGGGCAGGUGCAGGGUGCGAUGUUGCUUCCUGUCCCCGGUGCAGGCCAGCCCCAAAUUCUUCCGGCAGCGCCAUACUGCAUGGGGACAGUGAUUCCUGCCCCUCGUGUCCAAGACGCUCCUUGCAUGUCGAUUGCGCAGGUUGUGGAGCCGGUCCCAGAGGAGGAGCCGACCCCAGCGUUCGCCAAAGUGGCAGAGGAGGAGCAGAUUCCGGUGGUUGCAGACCAAGUCCCCGAGGAGUCUGCCAGUCUUCCCUGGGGCUUCGCGGGUGGAGUCGGCCGCUGGGCGGACCACGCCGAGGAGUCCUCGGGCAAUUCUGAGGCCGAGGGCCCGACCAGACCAGCAGCCUUUGCUUCUCCGGAUCUACCGGCAGAGGACCACGACAGGCAGCUCUCGGCCUGCAGCCGUGAGCCAGCCAGGGCUCCCUUGCAGGACUCCGAUAGGCAAGUGUCCGUCAGCAGCCACGUUGCUGCCUUGGCAUCCGCCGUGCAGGAGGAGCCCUCCAAUACGCGCGCCCAGGAUGCAGAUCGUCGCAAGCGGAAGAAAGCCGGACGCCGCAAGAAGGAGGCUCCCAAGGCGCCAAGGAAGGCAGAGGCUACUCCUCCAGCAUCGCAACAAGCAGAGGAGGAGCCGAAAUCACACUAUCGGUCUUAA